UAAAUAAAACUUCAGUAUCUUAUCACCUAGCGACGUGCGUAUAAACUGACACACAUAUCUGUACACAAACAACACAAUAUGGGUAUUAUAAUUUAAUACAUUACAAACAGACGUCCACAUGAACUACUGAACACGAAAUUAACUUACACAAUCGAUUCGAGAACACGGACAAGUAAUACACGUUAACAUUAAAUACACAUUAUAAUACAGAUCACGUGAACAAAUCCAAUUACACGAAACCGACAUCAUGGGCCGGAAAAUAUUGGGUUGUGACCCCGUCGCCAGAUUCGAGAUUCCCGGCAGCAAUGACCCGACCUGCGCUGAGUGCUGCAAGAUCACUGAAUAUGCCGUGGACCAUACGGUCUUGGAUUGCACGGAAGGCGCGAGUCCCCCGAAGAGUGUCCGGAUGAUGGGCUGCUAUUUAGAACCCCGCCCAGUCGAUGGGCACAUCAUGGACAAGAAAAUUCUCGAUUACACCAACUCGGGAUCCAGGAGUCCGGGGCCGGCGGCUUACUGCGUGACGACCACGAUCGGACCACGAGCCACCGAUCCGUCGAUCGAAAAGAACCCCGCGUACUCUAUGUCGGGAAAGAAAUCCAAAAACACGUGUGGGCUCGGCCCAGGACCGGCGUACGACACCGUCGGACUUAGCCGCGUGGGUAAACACCGAGUGCCGGGUGGCCCGUUCGGCCUGCGGGCGUUUGGCUCCGAAUUGGCCUGCACCCCCAGCCCCGCUCAAUACUGCCUUAAGUCAGAGCUUUUAAAUAUUGGCCAUCGGAUCGGACCAAGGCCUGGCGCGCGGACCGGCGAUCGGUACUGCGGACCGGCACCGAACGCGUACAAUCCGUCAUGCUAUGACUGUGGGCUGAAAACGUCGCUUGGACGGCGGUUGAAGCAGCCCAAGGUGUGUCCGACACCCGGCCCCGGACAGUACAAAUUACCGCCAGCCGACUUGUAUCUGCCUGGCCGGUUUUCGAACGGAAAAACGAUUGGCAAGAGGUUUGCCAGCGGCUGCAAGCAAGUGACACCAGGCCCAGGCGCGUACGACGGAAAACCCGUGAAAUGCUGCACCAGGUUCUCGUUCGGCAAAAGGUAUCCGGACACGGUGCCCACAUUUAGCGUCACUGCCGACAACCAACACUUCCGGUGUUGAACGCAGACUGAACCGAAAUGCGUAUCGUCUUGAUAGAUUAAAAAACAGCUACUAUCACAGUGACAAUUAAUUGUUUUAAAAAAUAAAUAUAUUACACCGAAAUGUAACAUUAUUCAACA